UUAGAAGGAAACUAUAACACAUUUGAUCAAUAUUAAAGUGAACGUCAUCUGGUUUUAUUCAUCUGAGCUUCGAUUAUAAACAGCCAAAAUUCAUCCAGCACCAAAAUGGGACAAUAAAAUCUGAUUUAACCCUUUGCAUUCCGAAAUCAGCAUUAAAACGAGAAUAUGAUGCGUCAGGUGUCCAGCAGCAGCAGUACUGAGUUCUGUCUCAGCGGCAGGCCGGCGUGUUUAGUACAGGAUGAAAGACGCUCAGCGGGACACUUUGAUUUGUGCUCCACCAAGUUUUACUCGUCCGCAGCAGCUCCACAGCGCUCACGACAGCUGUGCCUCGCUAACCUAAGCCCAUCAACUGAACCCCCCAAAUCCACAUCCAGCCAGAGGCCAGACUGCUGCAAGGAACCGCAGGGGUCCACCGCUCUUCAGGGACGCGAGAAAAGCGGCGACUCUAAGAAAAAGUCAGUGCCGGGCAGAUCCGGUAAACGCGGGCGGCCAGCAGGGACGACCAAAUCAGCCGGCUACAGAACCAGCACCGGCCGGCCGCUGGGCACCACUAAAGCCGCUGGUUUUAAAACCAGCCCGGGGCGGCCGUUAGGCACAACCAAGGCCGCGGGUUACAAAGUGAGUCCCGGUCGCCCGCCUGGCAGUAUCAAGACCCAGUCCCGCCACGGUAAGCUGAGCUACAGCAGCUGCAGCGGAGCGGCGUUCCCAUACAGCGUCAUGCACAAAUCCACCGAGUGUGAAGCGCCACUGAAAGACAACGAAAUAGAAACAACAAAAAUGUUAUUACAAGGGCCACCAUUCCUCCUCAGUGGCUUCCCCAUACGAAACCAAAAAACACUGCCACCCAUCACCGUGGUGUCAUCAGAGGCCUUUUCCCAACCCAUGCUGCGUCCAAAUGACAGUCAGUCAAGAAACGCCCUGCCGUUACCACUCCACAGUGCUCUGCCAUCAUACUCAUGAUUGUCUGUUACGAGUGUGGGCUUCAUUUGUCAAACAACACACACGAUCUUGAACACUGACACCGUGACAUCAUUACAAGUGUAAAUAUACCCGAGCGCCUCAGUGACUGCCCAUGGCAUGUCCUGUGUAAAAAUUGUGUUGUUCUACACUAAUGCUGGCACUGCGGACACACAUUGAGUGCAAUACUAAUGUCCUUUAAAUCUUUUUCCGAUUCCGGCACUCCACCAGAGAACUUCACUUCACAAUGACUUCUUAUAAUGUGUGCAUGCUCAGUGGGGUUUUCAGAUUGGAUCACAGAUUUCCACAUAUUCACUCAGACGAGAUUCUGCUGUAUAAGUCUUAGUGACCUUGAAAGAAAUAUGCACUCCAGUUUUCCUUUAAUUUAAUUUGUGAUGUUUGUAUUGUAUUAACGCUUGAUUCUGAUGAUUAUUUUCAGUAUGUGGGAAUGCUUUCAGCCUCUAGUUAACUAGUGAUGUGUAAAUGUUCUUAUUGUCUGAUGGUGAUAUUCAGACGUGCACUUAUAUGUAAUGGUGUACAGCAUUCACAACAGAUGUUAUGUUCAUAGAAUCAGUGACAUUGAUGGGCUUUUGUUACAUUUUCUCUCUUUCAUUCACUUUGAAAACAUUCUUCUUAUCAACAUUGUGUAUUUCCUUCUUUCUGGUUAAUUGAUCUAUUCCAUUAUUGACAUGGGCAUAAGAAGUUUUAAUGGCUAUUCAAUUGUAUUGUGUUAUAUAGAAAUAUGGAUAUGGUCAGUGAUUUACAGGUGGAUGUAUGUAUGAAUGAUAAUUAUUUAAAAGCACUUGUCCUUUCACUAACUUUUGUUUGUACAUUUACAAAUGUAACAAGAAAGUUUAUCGGUCUUUAUCAGCCUCACCAUGAGUGAUUUAAGAUUUGCAAUGACUUUUCUCUUGUUGCAUGUGUGUAGGAUU